AUGAACAAAAAGAAAGGGAAUAAGGAAGAAGAAUCGAACAAAAUAACAAAUUUCUUUAAAAUAAAAAAAUGUAAUUUAAAAAAUGUUGAAACUAUAGAAUUUUGUGAAGAAUAUAAAAUACAAGCUAAUCAUGACAAGGGGUGUGAAGCAUAUAAUUUAGAAACUAGUCUCAAAAAAAAUAAUGAAGAAAUUAAUACCAAUCUUUUAUUAAGUAAUGAUAAGACAAUAAAAAAUAUAACUAAGCCACAUUAUGAAAAUGAAAACAGUAAUAAAUUAUGUUUAUUAUCUAAUUAUACAAACAAAACUAAACCCCUCUCGUCAAUUCAAUCAUAUAAUACAAAUAGCAUACACACUAUCUAUAACACACAAGAAAAUGACAAACAAAAUGACGAACAAAAUGAAGAAAAAAAUGAUGAAAAAAAUACCCAAAUAAAAUCAAUUUUAUUUAAGGGUAUAAAAAGAACAAAUAGUAAUGGAUUUGUCUUAAACAAAAAACAAAAAUUCGAAAGUGUUAAAGAAAAUAAUGAUCAGGAAAGCAUAUUAUUAAAAGGCCAAAAAUUAAAUCAAAUAAUUUCAGAAAAUAAAAAAAAUAAUAAUCCUAUAAAACGUGGAAGAAAACGAAAAAAAUUAUUACACGAGCAAAAUUGUUUAAAAGAAAAAGAAAGUGAAGAAAAAAAAACAAAUUAUUUUGAAAAUACCGAAAAAAUGACAAAAAUUCGGGAUGACAUAAAUAAUAUGAACAGGCAAGGUAAAAAAGACGAUAUAAAUAAAAUUAAUGAAAUUAAAAAAAAUAAAGAAAACAAAAAAUCUGUUAUAACACUUUUUGGAGAUGAUAUAAAAAUUAAAGUCAAUGUAGAUGAAAAUGUAUCAUCAGGUACUAAUUCAGAUUUAGAAAACAGUUUUACAAUUUUUAAAUCUCAAAAAAAUUGCAAAGACAAUUCAAAAUGCAUUGAAACAGUUUUAAACUCAUCGACAAAUAAAUGUGAUAUCUUAUAUGAAUGGGAAAGGGAACGAAAGUGUUCAUACAAAAGAAAUUCAAUUUCAGAUGGAGAAAAUUAUAAUUACAAAAAUUAUUUUGUUAAUACAUCUGAGGAAAAUAUAAAAGAAAAAAAAAAAUGUGAAAUAGAAGAUCAGGAUAUAAACAUGUCCAGUAAAAUAAAUAUAAAUUUUUCAAAAAAUAAUUUAUUUUAUGAUAUAGAAAAUAACAAUGAAUAUAAUACUUAUGUAUCUAUAUACAAUAAUAAUAAUAAAACAGAUUAUAGUGAUAUAUUUAAAUUUGAUGCAGAAUUAGAAUCUAAAAAAAAAUAUAAAACCAUACAAAAAGGAAUACAUAAUGAUGAGCAUAGAAAACGUCAUGGAAAUUCACGAGUUAGUUGCAUUAUAAAUAGUGAUUCGAAAAAUAAAAAAAAUAUUAUUAAUUUAAAUCAUAGAAAAUCAUGUUGGAAUAUGGAUUUGAGAACAAAUUUAAUUAUAGAAAAAACAACUCCAAAGAAAAAGUUUGAAAAAAAUGAAAACUUUAAUAUUAGUGAAAAUGAAGAAAUACAAAAUAAUAUUUCAUGGACAUAUAAUAAUGCAUUUUGCAAAAGUUCAAGUAUAAUCCUAAAUAAAACUACAAACAUAACAACCAAAUUAAAUGUGGAAAAAGAAAAUCAAACUACUAUGUCAAGAAACAGUGACUUUAAAACGUAUACACAUAAAACAACUAAUAAUUCAAAUAAAAGAAAUAAACUUAAUUUUAUAGAUGAUUUAUCACUUAUAAAAAACAUAACUGAAAAGGAUGGUGUACACAGAGAGGAAAUUGCACAAGAAAAAGACGAAAUCGAAAUGGACAAAAUCGAAAAGGGCGAAAUCGAAAAAGACAAUAUGAACAAAUUUAUUAAUAACUAUUAUGAAAUGACAAAUAAUAUUGAAGAAAAAUUAAUAACAAUUAAAAAAGAUUUAAAAUUAAAUGAUAAUGUAAAAGAUAUAUUAAAUGAAAAAAAAAAAAUAAAAGUUUUAAGAGUUUUAAAUAAACACUAUUUUGACAAAGAAUAUAAUGAUUAUAAAAAUUUAGAAAAUAUGAAAUAUAAAAAAAAUAAUAAACAUGAAAAUACUUUUCAAAAAAAUAUGUUUGUUCCAAUAAAAGAUGAAUAUAAUAAACCUCUUACUUUUUUUAUUAUAGGAAAGUUUACAUUUUUUAGUAAUUAUGUUUUAUCUAAAAAACUCAAAUACUAUGGAUAUAACGUAUCUAAUAUUUUAAGACGUUGUAAUGCUAUACUUAUAGGAUAUGAUAUAAAUCCAGAAUUUUUAAAUAAAAUAAAAAAAUAUAAUGGAUAUAUUUUUAACGAAAAAACAAUUUUAUCACAUUUUAAAAUAAAUAUUAAUAAAUAUAAAAAUUUAUUUAUUCCUAUAAAUAAAGAUAAUGGAAAAAGAUAUAAGCUAUUAAUAAAUGAAACUAAUAUAAAAAAUUGCUCUAUACAAUUAUUAAAUGAUAAAAUUCAUAAUUUUUGUAAUAUUAUAAAAUCAUUAUUAUUAUAUAUUAAUAACUUUGAUAAAUUAGAUAAAAAAAAUUUACUUAUUUUAAAAUUAAUAAAAUGUGUAAAUAAUUUUUUCCUAUUUUUACAUAAUAUAAAUUCUAAGAAAUUCAGUUUUAAUUUAUCCGAUUUUUUAUAUUCUUUCCAAAAAAAUUGUUAUUAUAUCUCUAAAUAUGAAAUUAAUCAAAAUAAUUUCCCUAAAUAUUCCUAUUUUUUAAACAAAUUUGCACAAAUCUUUUCCGAAACAUAUAUUAUUCACGAUUCAAUACACAUUCCAAAUGCUAUUCAACAUGAACUUGACAAUUUACAUUCGAUUAUAAGAUCUGGAAAUAUAGGCAUUCCAACUAAUAUAUCCAAUAUAAACGAUACAGAAAUAUACAAUUAUGAAACUUCAGAGUCAAAUUGUUGUUUAUCUUCUGGGUAUAUAUCACCAUGUUAUAAUUUCAAUAAUACAGAAUAUGAUGAAGAAAAUAAUAAAUUAGAUAAUGAUGAUAAAAAAAAGAAUGAUAUUUUAAAUUUGAGUGAAAAAGAUAUUAAAAAAAAUAUAAAAAAAUGUGAAAAACUAAAAAAAAUUACAAGUUUAUGGGGUGUUUUUUUUAGACCAAACAGUUUAUAUGAAAUAUGUGGACAUAAAAAUGAAAUAUUAUAUUUGUAUAAAAUUUUAAAAAAAAAAUUCCCAAAUUUAGAUCAAAAUGAAAAAGAAGAAAAACAUAUUAAUUCGGAUGUAUUAAAUCAAAAUGAACGAAUGAAUACCUGCGAUAUCAGCAUCGUGAAAACUGCAAAAAACUGUCAAAAACAAUGUCAAAAUUCUCGAAAAAAUUGCCAAAAAAAUCGCAUAAAAAAAAAAGAGGCAAAUAAUUCAGAUAAUAUGAAAAAUAUUAUUUUUAUUAUAUAUCCACCAAAUUGUUGUGUAAAAAGAAUAGUAGAACUGAUAUGUUAUUCAUGUAAUUUAUGUCCUAUAUAUGAAAAUAAAGUACAAAAAUAUAAAAACAUUAAUUAUUUUUUUAAAUACACACAUGGUUUAAAAGCAAUAUCAAUAUAUAAUGCAAACAAACUUGAUAAAUAUUCCUUAAUAGAAUUAAAUACAAGAAAUGAUGUAUCUAUAUGUUUGUAUGAAAAUACAAAUUAUAAUAUAAACAAUGAAUACAAUUUACCACUACUUGAAAAUAUAAAUCAUAUUCUUAUCAAAUUUUCUUAUCCUUUUAAGAAAUCAAUUUUUUAUAGAUCUUUUUAUGUUGCAUCAUGUGUUAUUAAAAAUUUAAAAAAAAAAGAAUUUAAAAUGCUAUUUGAAACUUGCAAACUUAAAGAUUCUACAUAUUCUAUCGAAAACUUAUAUAAUAAAAUUCAUUUAAUUUACUCAUAUAUUAAUUAUGUGGAAAAUACUGGAAUGUCGCAUAAUUCAAUUUUGAUAAAUAAUGAAAAAGAAAAUAAUCACGAUUGUACUAAUAAUAUUAUAAAUAUUGGAAAGGUAAAUCGCACAUCGUUUCCAAACAACAUCAUAAAAGAAUAUGUUACAAAACAUAUUUUAAAUAAAUUCAUAACUACUAAUUAUAAAGAAAUAGAAGAAAAAUACUUAUUUUGUAAAGAUUCAAAUAUGUUUACUCAAAUAUGUGUAGAAAAUGGAAAAAAUAAAUAUAUUAAGAAACAAAUGACGAAACUAAAUAAUGACUACUAUUUUUAUAGAGGGUUUGAAAUUGAAGAAAUAAAAGAUAUUGUUUACGAAUAUUAUGAUAAACUUUUUAUAAACAAUAAAGAGUUAUUUGUUUUAUCAAAUGUAGAAGAUGGAUAUAACAAUUUAAGUGAUGAUAGUUUAAAUUAUUUUCAAGGAAAAGACAUAAAAAAAAAAGGACAAAUUUUAAUAAAAAUAUUAGAACUGUUUUUAUAUUCAUCUAUUUUAAUAAAAUCAAAAAACAUUAAUAUUUUAUUAAUUGCUGCUGAUAUGGCAAUUUAUUGGAAUAAAUAUCUUUAUAUAAAUCCGUUAAUAUAUAACACAAAUUAUAAUAAGUCAAUAAAAAAAAAAAAAAAAAAAAAAUUAUAUUUAUAUUCAAAUGAUGAAACAUUAAACAGAUAUUGUAAUAAUAACAACUUUUUUAAUGAAAUAAAAUUAAAAGAUAAUUUAAAAAAUAAAAUUGAAAAAUAUAAUAAAAUAUUUACAGAAAAAACUAAAAAAUAUAAACAACUUAUGAUACAUUUUAAAUCCCCAUUUAACUUUUCUUCUGUUUCAAUUAUUUAUGAUAUUUUGCACACUAAUAAAAUAAGUGGCUUUAAUGUAAAAAAAAAAUAA